ACAAUCUUCCUCAUUCUGUUUAUAGUUGGUUUAACUGUUGUGCAGUGCGCUGCGUCUGUCUGCUUUAAAGUCGAGCGGCCAAACAAACAAUUCUAGUCACGCGUAUUGAAAGCUUGGGCGAUACUUCAACAACGCGCUCUCGUCGUCAGCCUUUGUUGUGGACAACAAAUACAAAAUACACGCAAACACACACACAACAGGCGCCACACAAUGGAAGAGCUGAAUGGAAUAUUGCAAAAAACCAAAGAUAAAUCAACUCAAAGGGAACAGGACGAGAUUCUGCUGCAGCCCUUUACGUAUAUACAGCAAAUACCUGGCAAACAGUUUCGCUCCGAAUUGGCCUUGGCCUUCAAUCACUGGUUGCUUAUACCGCCCGAAAAGUUGACGCAGAUUGGCGAGAUUGUGCAAAUGCUCCAUAACUCAAGUUUGCUCAUUGAUGAUAUUGAAGACAAUUCGAUACUUCGCAGAGGUGUGCCGGUUGCGCAUUCUAUUUAUGGCGUGGCUAGCACCAUCAAUGCGGCCAAUUAUGCUCUGUUCCUGGCGUUGGAAAAGGUGCAGCAACUGGGACAUCCAGAGGCAACCAAGGUGUACACGGAACAGCUAUUGGAACUGCAUCGCGGCCAAGGCAUGGAGAUUUAUUGGCGCGAUAGUUUUACAUGUCCCUCCGAAUCUGAUUACAAACUGAUGACUGUACGUAAGACUGGGGGCCUGUUCAUGCUGGCCAUACGCCUGAUGCAGCUGUUUAGUGAGAACAAGGAGGAUUUCACAAAGUUAACAGCCAUUCUGGGCCUAUAUUUUCAAAUACGUGACGAUUACUGCAAUUUAAGUUUGAAAGAGUACACGGAAAAUAAGAGUUUUGCUGAGGAUUUGACUGAGGGCAAAUUUGGGUUUCCAGUCAUACAUGCAGUGCGUACGCAGAAGCAAGACAAACAGGUUUUGCACAUUUUGCGACAACGCACGCACGACAUUGAGGUCAAGAAGUACUGCAUUAGCCUGCUAGAAAAGCUCGGCAGCUUUCAAUAUACACGCAAAGUGCUCGAAACGCUCGAUGCGGAGGCGCGUGCCGAGUUGGCGCGUCUGGGCGGUAAUCCCUUUAUGGAUAGACUGCUCAAUAAGCUGUUGUCCUGGCAGAGCAGCGAGAGCGCUAGUAUCGCGCAGUCGAAUCAAAUCAAUCACAACAAUGUCACACGCAGCCCCAACCAGAAUACGCUCAAUUGCAAUUAACAGCCAAAGAGGCAGAAGAGGGAGCAGUUGUGAAUUGCGAAUGGCAGAGCCAAAGUCCGUGACGCAGCCGCCUCCUCUUUUGCUGGUAAUCCAAAAGCAACGCAACAGCCGCAGCAACAGCAGCAACCACAACACCAAGCAGCCUGCUUUAGUGCUCCUUUGUUGCGUUUUCUUCGAAAACUAAAAAUCUUUUAAGGGUUUAUUGUACUUGUUCACUCACUUUGCCUCCCAAAGCUGCUCAAUGGCGAAUAUUUGAUUUUAUUUGAUAACACCUUAAAAAACGAUUAAUUGAUUGAUUGAUUGAAUGAACCAAUACAGCAGCAGCCUUACAAAAAAUGUUAAGCCAAAAGUUAAUUGAUAAGCCAAGCUUAUGAAGAGCUAGCAAAAAAGCCAUAGCACAGCUUCCCAUGAAUUUGUUUAUGUUUACUAGGUCCUAUAUGUUAUUUUCAAUUUAAUACUAAGUAUUUAGUUGGUACUAGGAUGUAAUUAUAUAAGGUUCCUUCAUUUUGACUGUUGUAUUUCUAAAUGUAUUUUGUAUGGGUGUACUUCAUAAUGCAAGUAAUUUUUUCUAACAAUUUCUAAAUGUAUCAUUAUUUACUUUGUGUCGGCAAUAGGGUCGGGACUUCCUUUAUUAACGUUGUUCCAUUUUACAUUUGUUAAAUGAAAUGUUCAAAUAAUAUACAUUUACAACAGAAUACAAGUUGAAUGCAUACUUAUGUAUUAACUAACAAAUUGUUAACGUUUAAAGCAACAAAAAAAAAAAAACAAACUUGAGAAACAUAUUUAAA